AUGGUCGUCAAGAACACCCAAGCUGUCGCAAAGGCCACUGCGCCCCGUCUGCCGCCCCUCCACAAGCUGCGCGUCCGCAAGCCCGACCAGGCUGGCGCAAACCCUUGCAUCGGUGUCAUGUCUUCUGUCCUCGGUAUGCUUGGUCGCAACUGCUUUUGCCUUGCUGUUCUUGCUCUGACACGCUCUACAGGAUGCUGGGCCUCGUCUGGAUACACGGCUCAAGGAUGUGCCGCCCUUGAACAACAACUUCGCGCAUGCAUGGACGCCCNNCCGUAUGUUUUGGCCGCCUUGUCUCGAACCACGACCAUCCUGACUCUAACUCUUGCGCAGAAAGCUGGCCAAACCAAGAAGAGUUCGAUCAACUACCAUCUCUCGAGAUUAUACCCCCAGAUCAUCGGUCCACACAAGCGAAACUAG